AUGGUUUACACCUUGACCGUUCAUCUCUAUGCCAACGAGCACCCAGAAUCUAUACCCCGCAUCAAGGCCAAGCUCAUUGAAGCAUCCCGAGUCUACAAGCAGGACAAGGAAACUGUUGACUGGAUUGUCAUGCAAGAUGUCCACGACCCUAGAGCAUUUACCAUUGUAGAGAGAUUCGAACAAGAAAGUAGUCAAAAGUACCACCUCGAGAACCCAUACUGGAAAACUUUCGACCCAUACGUCGUUCCACUCCUCGGCAAACCCAUGGAUCUCCGAAGACAUGAGGAAUUAGAUAUCAGCAAGGAGGUUGAGGUUCCAGCUUAA